CCUUCUCUCUCUCUCUCUGAAACUCCUGCUGCGUUAGGAGUUGCGAGAUGGGGCAACAGUCUUUGAUCUACAGCUUUGUGGCUCGAGGAACGGUGAUCCUCGCCGAAUACACCGAGUUCAAAGGGAAUUUCACCAGCGUCGCUUCUCAAUGUCUUCAAAAGCUCCCCGCCAGCAACAACAAGUUUACGUACAACUGCGAUAACCACACAUUCAACUAUCUCGUUGAAAAUGGUUUCACUUACUGUGUGGUGGCAGUUGAGUCUGCUGGCAGACAAAUUCCCAUUGCCUUUCUUGAACGAGUGAAGGAUGAUUUCAGCAAGAGAUAUGGAGGAGGAAAGGGUACUACUGCUUCAGCCAAAAGUCUGAACAAGGAGUUUGGGCCAAAACUCAAGCAGCACAUGCAAUACUGUGUUGAUCAUCCAGAAGAGAUAAGUAAGCUAGCAAAAGUGAAGGCCCAGGUUACAGAAGUUAAGGGAGUGAUGAUGGAAAAUAUUGAGAAGGUUCUUGACCGAGGUGAGAAAAUAGAGCUUCUGGUGGACAAAACAGAGAACCUCAGGUCGCAGGCACAAGAUUUCCGGCAGCAAGGAACCAAAUUAAAGAGGAAGAUGUGGUGGGAGAACAUGAAGAUAAAGCUUAUUGUUUUGGGUAUUUUCGUCGCUUUGGUUCUCAUCAUCGUCUUGUCUAUUUGCCAUGGUUUCAAUUGCUGAUCAAGCACAGUUGCUCUGUUUCGCUUCCUGUAAUGCUUGAUUAGAGUUAUCUUACUAGAUUGGUCCUGGUCAAUUGUCAUCCUCUGUGAAUGAGUUUCUUCUCUUGCUUAUUUUGCUCUUUUCCCUUGACCUUUUUGGUUACUCACCCCUUCUUGUCAGCUAGCAUUUGGGGAUGGGAAUGGUUAUACUUUUGAGGACAUUGCAUGUAUAGAGAGUACGAAUGAAUUCUUUAUAUGUAAUUAGAAGUCUUUUGAUGCCGGAAG